AUGGACGCGCAUUUGUUGAGCAGCCUCGAGGACGAUCUCUGUCAUGGUGACGGCAUAGUUAUGCCGUUGCGAAAAUGUCACGGACAGCAAGAGCAACAUCCGUGCGCCAAUUCGGGACCAGCAUCGGCGUAUGUUGCGUCUUUUGAUCAGGAAGACCAUCACCAUCUUCUUAAGUACUCAAGAAAUCCACGAAUUACUCACUUGGGGCUGGUUCUUCAAGGCGUGGGAUUUGUCUCGAAGGGGAAGCUUCUGCUCCUAGAACCGAAGGCGUCCGCUCCUAGAGUUGGGGAGUUUGCUCCUAGAAUCGGAAGCGCCUGCUGUGUCGGCUAGCAGCGGCCGCCGUGGAUUUAGCCCGCAGCCAGCCUGGUAGGCGAGACGCGGGCGCAGGCGCGUCGGUCUUUGGGGGUGAGGACGUGCGUCUUUUGAUCAGGAAGACCAUCACCAUCUUCUUCGCCCCGGCAUCCGCUUCCUCCAAAUAUUUGCCUAUCUUUGCGACGAAGACGAUUUCGGUGGUCAGAUCUACUUUGUUUCUAAAACUCUCACCGCCAACGAAAUACACAAAUUACGUUUUCCCCUCGUCGUUUUUCUCUUGUAGCACUUUCUUGAUUAGAGUUACUUUGGCUCUGCGCUCGGCUGCUGG